GAGAUGUAAGCAUUGUGACUUGCGUUGGAAAAUAAACGCAGGCGUUCACCAGUCGAGUUUUCGGAUCCAUCGAAGUGGUACUGUCGUCCCGACCGAUUCCUAAGUGUAGUUAAGGAAUGUGCCUUUAGUGACCAGUGUUGCUAGUGAUAAAGUUUAUUUUUAAUCUUUAAAGUGUUCAGUAAGUCAUGGAGUUAAGAAGAUUAUCUAUAUGUAUAGCAUUCUUCGUGUUUGCUUGCGUGUCACAAUGCUCAGAAGCGCGCCACUCCAUGUACAGCCGUGAGGUGGAAGACAUCAACUAUGACGAUGUACUGGCUGACGAAGCGAGCGAUGAUGAAGCGCAAAAUGAUGCUGAUGGAGGAAACGAUGCCGAUGAAGAUGUGGAAGAUGCAGUCAUUGUCACUCAAGCGACUAACUACAGUGUUAUCAUUGGAAAAACGGUCAGAUUGGAAUGCAAAGUUGAACCAGCCGAUGGUGUUGUUGUUCAAUGGACAAGGAAUAAUGCAAAAUUCUUUAUCGGUACCAUGAAACCCACAGAACAGGAUUUAGAGACUAUCUCAGGACAAAAGAGAUUCUUUAUUGCGGCGAACUCCACUGACCUCCUCAUAAAAGACAUACAAUUUGAGGACAGCGGUUUUUACAAGUGUGAGAUACUUCAGGCCAAUCCACCCUCUAUUCAACACCACAUUGCUAUUCUGGAGUCAGCAAAAAUUAUUCGCUUUUACGCAUCAGACAACGGCGUCGUAAGAGAAGGGAAGGACCUCCUCCUCACUUGUGAGGUCUCAGGGUCUCCUCCUCCACAGAUCCUCUGGUCUUGGGGUGGUAUUGAUGGGAACCAAAACCAACGUUUAUCAGAAAAAGACGGAGAAUUCACGGCGAACAGUGUACUCCUACGAGAUGUAAAGCACGAAAGCUCAGGGAAAUAUUACUGCUAUGUAUUCAACAAUCUUGCUCACGCGCAGGCAGAGCUCACCGUCAAUGUUUUACGCAAACCUAGAGUCCAUGUACACAGAACUGUCAUUAACUCUGACAUCAACGUUGAAGCUGUGCUGCAGUGCUCCAUCCAUGAUGAACUGGCUUCUCACAUCCGCUGGUACAAAGACGGCAGACCAGUCAGUGACUCCUCUAGCCAGUACAUCAUCAGCACUGAAGCCCAGCACUCCAACUUGACCGUCGUUCCGACAUCUGAUCAAGACUUCGGUACUUUUACUUGUGAAGCGGAAAAUCAGAACGGCAAGCACAACAGGUCCAUCGAGCUCGUACAGAGUCCGGUAGUCGAAAGUUUCAGCAAUGACGGACCAAAACUUACUUGGACUAUCCACUCUCACCAGCCGUUAGAAGAAAUUGAACUACAACUGAGGGAUUUGAACGGGGAAGGAGAAUGGAGGACUGUCAGUGUCCCACUUCCCGAUCGGAGGCAUCACGAGUACGAGAUGAUCUACUCUCUAGAGGAUGCUGAAAUUGACGCCGGCAAAUAUGAGGCCACACUCAAAGUGAAGAAUAACAAGAGUUGGAGCGAACACAGCAACCCCACCAUUGUUGAUAUCGAAGCGCAAGCGCAGUACAUCAGACCGGCUUCAGUAUACCUACCUGGAAGUGGCCAUUCCAUCAGACCCACGUAUAUCAUUUUUCCCCUCAUCUACUUGUUGGUGCGACUCUAAAUCCAUUAAUAGUUUUAAUUAUUUAUUGUUAGAAUUAUUAACUCGCUUUCUUACUUUAUUAAUCAAGGUAAAUUAAACCGGCCCUUAAAGUGCCUGUAAUUAUGCAAUGAGUUUAACCUGUGAUUAAACUAAUUAUCAAUUUUGCGUUAAUGACGGGAAGGGAUAAUAACAGUUUUGAUUGACGGAAGCACCUUGAUGCGUUAAUAAAACAUUUUUAAUAAUUUACUGUUGAUUAUAAUUUUUUUAAUGUUUGUAAAUUCAAACUAAAACAGUGUCAAUUCUUUAGUUUACAAACCAAAUCUAGAAUCUUUGAUACAAUACCAUAAACAAUUUAUUUAAAUUACAUAAAAUAAAAUUUCCGUAGAAACAGAAAAACACUGAAAUCGUAUAAAGUUUAAAAUUUUUAUAUUUUUAAACUUUAUACGAUUAAUUUUCCAACUAACAAUUUCUGUAAAACAAUAUAUUUAGACGUAGAAAACGUAAACGUAGAUAUUCGUACCAAAACUUUACAAUGAGGCUAUUCCUUGACUAAUAAAGCGAGAAAUCAGUUCGCUUUUGAAUGUAACACAUAAUUUAUCCAUCACAUAAAUUCCAUAAUUGUAUAAAAAAUUGUACAAGUACAAAUGAAAUUUUAAUCUAAGCCAAGAUACUUAAUCGUAUUAAAAUUUUAAAGUGAUUAGUUAUAUAAAUUCCAGGUACAGUUCUACUCAUACUUUUUGUAAAUAUUUAAUUUUAUCGAUUGCUCUAAUAAAACAUUGUUUCAAUAACCGAUCGUUAAACUACCUAACGGACGGUUAGAAUCGGUUGUUCCUACAAUGAACAGUCUCACUUUAAUUAUAGUUAUUAAAAUCAUAGGUAAUUAUUACCAAAGUGUAAUUAAGUUAAUCGCAACUAGUUUAAAUAGUUUAUUUUGAUUAACGCUUAUAAAUAUUUAUUCGGUUCAAGAACCGUUUGCUUAUGUAACUAAUGUGUAAAGCGUACUCAAAGUCAGAGUAGUUGACUCUGAGGGCAAGAUCAAUAGAGCGCACUUAGACUUAACUCAAACUACACUUACGAAAAACUUUGAUAAAAAAAGCAUAAACUAUGAUUUAGUAUUUAUAGAAUUCAAAACCUAUUUUUCCCAAAAUCUAUGGAACUCCAGUAUAAGAUGGCAUCCCCAUUAAUUUUAUAUUACGACAAAAAUAAAAAGUCAACUAAAAGAUAUGAUGGCAAAGUAAAUUUUGGGCCAUUAUUUUUGUUGGGCUUAUUGUCAAAGUUUUUGGUAAGUCGUCGAUUUCGUGGGCUUGAGAUUAAGCUAAGCUAGCACUCAGAGGGAUCCGCAGUGUGCUCUAUAAAUACUGACUGUGACUUAACUCGAAAGUUAAGUCUGAGCAAAGUCUAAGUGCUCUAUAGAUCUUGCCCUGAGUGUGUCUAAUGUUAAAAGUUCUUAGUGACAGUUUCACUAUGUCAACUCUAUGGGCAAAUUGCGUGCCAAUAUAAAAUGCACAAUUACCCAAAUUUGACUAUAGUUUAAAGUACGUUGUGGUGGAGUAAUGAACCCAUAGAUGUCUUAAAGGAAAUUGCCCAUAGAAAAAUAAGGCCAUAAUACAAUGAGAAUACCAGCCUUAAAGUGUGCCUAAACUAUAGUUCCCAAAGGUGCUAAACCUUUCCAUACGCUGUUAAUAAUUAGAAGUCGUUGCAUUUUUAAGGAAACUUCUAUUUAUAUAAAAACGUGUUUAUAUGGCGAUUUUAUUAUAUAACGUUUAGUGUAAAGUUUACAAACCAGUAAUUUUAAUUAAUAUACUUUUAUUUUACGUAUUAUUUUUUAAGUAAUGGCACGUUGGCUAAAUUUAAAAACUAAUUCUUUAUAAUUCAACGACUAGAUAUAAUGUAAAUGACUAGUCUACGCUUUUAAUGUAAUGCAUUUUAAUCAAAUUCAUAAUAUUUACAGUACAAUAGAAAAGCCAUAUUUUGUAUUAUAUCCCGAGUUUUUGGAAAGUGACGUAGAUUAUCUACAAUAUAUGUAUUGUUUAACCUCGUCACUAAUUUCUGAAUCUUAAUAAUUUUGUUGUGCAAAAAUAUAUUGAAGAGCCGAUUUUUCUAACGAAUAUACGUUAACUAUCAAAAUAUCGAAAUGUGUUUUAUAAUAACGACGAGGUUUACGUGUAAACAUCGGUCACUUAAAUAAUAUAAAUCUUGUUCGCCCAGAUUCCCUAAUACAUUUUUUUAUUAAUUCAGUACUAUAUUUGGUUUUUAAAUAAAUUCAUAUAAUACUUUUAACUAGCUAAACAAUGUAUAAUUUGUAGUAUUGCUUGUAAGACAUUAAUAAAGUCUAAUCCAGUAUGGAUAGGAGCUAUUACCGUAUAAUUCACUAUUAUGUUCACAAAUUAUGUUUUUGACUAGGGAAAUUGCAUGAAUAUUGCUCAGACCAACAAAAAAAAUCCUAUUAAACUAUAUAAAAUAUAUUCUAUAAAUACUGCAAUGGAGAUAAAACUCAGGGCAGCACUUUCGAGUGUCCCUUGUUAAAGUUAUGUCAAAGUUCAAUAUAUUAAAUGUUUCGAACAAAACUUCACAGCAAAAAUAGUAAAAAUUCCGGUAAUUGAAACGAUUGUUUUUAAAACACUUUUUUAUUUUUUAAACACUAUCUUUUUUAGGACCGAUUGAGAUAAUAAUCUCGUAAUGAGUUAAUAUUACAUACAUUUCGCUAUACAAAAACAAAAUUCUAGGCUUGUUUAGAACCCUAAUCUGGUUUUUUAUUGGUCUGAGAACGUGUGUAAACAACAUCAUGUUCUUUGUAAUAUUAGAAAUCUAUCAAAACGGCCCUGAUUUAAUAUUUGAUGUACAAGUUAUAUUGUGCCUUCGCUAUAUUAAAAUAGAAGGUGAUAUUUUGUCUUAAUAAAUGAUUAAUGUUUGUAAAUAAUUACACAUAA